AUGGAUAUACAAAGAAUAAGAACCUUCUCGCGGAGACACAAGCCUCAUUCAAUCUGUUCGAGUCGACCGGGGACGAAACUCCACGAAUUAAUGCCCAAGAAAAGGCGACUCAACUCGCGCGUGCAUUGGAGAAGCCUCAGAAUGCGGUUCUCACGCUCUUCUCUAACACUAUCCCAAACUUCCGAACCAGUCCCAUUGGCAAAACUAGCUGCAGCAAAAGCCGCAGAUCCUCUCAUGGUCGGU